AUGCCCAUCAUCAGCAAUGCCAACCACGACUUCAGCACCUACUCUGUCAGCAGUGACGACAGCAGCCUCGACCGCUUCUUCACCGAGAUCCCGGAGACUGAGACCAUCAAGGGUGUGUACUUCCAGCGUGCUCAGCUGCUCCGAGACCGCAAGGCCUCGUAUGUGGUCGACCACACGCUGCAGGUUCUCAUCAACGUCGGGGGCAACCGCUACACUUUCCCCUGGAGCACCUUGGAGCAGUUUCCUCAUAGCCGACUGGGACGCCUACGCUUCUGCAACACGCCCGAGGAGAUCGCACGCCUCUGCGACGACUACGACGAGACAUGCCAGGAGUAUUUCUUCGACCGUAACCCCACGGCCUUCAGGGUCAUCCUCAACUUCCUGGCUGCGGGAAAACUACGUCUGCUGCGAGAACUGUGUGCUGUGUCGCUACACGAUGAGCUGGACUACUGGGGCGUUGACCCGGGCCACAUGGAGCGCUGUUGCCGCCGCCGUAUGAUCACCCGCGUGGACGAGGUGGCUGAGCGAGAGCGUAAAGAGGAGGAGUGGAGGCAGAAGAGGGUGAUUAUCAAGCAAACCCCCACAGAGAGUUUAAAAGGUUACCGAAGAGUGAUCUGGAUGCUACGAGAGGUGGUGGAAAACCCUCACUCAGGGCUGGCUGGGAAAAUGUUCGCCUGCCUCUCUGUGAUCAUGGUGAUGGUCACUGUAAUCAGCCUGUGCAUCAGCACCAUGCCGGACCUCAGAGAUGAAGAGACCAGAGGUGAGUGCUCCCAGAAGUGUCAGAGCAUGUUCGUGGUGGAGUCCAUCUGCGUCGCCUGGUUCACCUUGGAGUUCGUGCUGCGAUUCGUCAACGCCCAGAGCAAGCUGGCCUUCGCUCGCGGCCCUCUCAACAUCAUCGACGCCAUCGCCAUCCUGCCGUACUACGUCUCCCUGGUGGUCGACGUCAAAGAUCCAUCACAGGAGGACGUCAUCAUGGGUACCGGCAGAGGCUAUCUGGACAAACUGAGCCUGAUCCUGCGGCUGCUGCGUGCCCUGCGCAUCCUGUACGUGAUGCGGCUGGCUCGCCACUCUCUGGGCCUGCAGACUCUGGGGUUGACCAUGCAGCGCAGCAUGAGGGAGUUCGGCCUGCUGCUGCUGUUCGUCUGCGUGGCCGUCACCCUCUUCUCACCGCUGGUCCAUCUUGCCGAGAGCGAACUGGCGCCGUUUGCAGCCACGCAACCCCAACACAGCUUCAGCAGCGUCCCGGCCUCUUAUUGGUGGGCCAUCAUCUCUAUGACAACGGUGGGAUAUGGCGAUAUGGUGCCACGCAGCAUCCCAGGACAGAUAGUGGCGCUGACCAGCAUCCUGAGUGGGAUUCUCAUCAUGGCGUUUCCAGCUACUUCCAUCUUCCACACCUUCUCCCGCUCUUAUCAGGAGCUCAAGCAGGAGUACGAGAGGCUGUGGAAAGAGGAGAGGGGCGAGGAGAUGGCCGCCGAGUCGGAGGAGAGUUGCUCCAAACUCAACUUGUCACCACAUGAGGUCACAUCUGUGUUCAGAGAGGAAAAAGAGAGUCUGAUGUUAGACAAGAGUCCUCAGUCCACACUUCCAUCUACAGCUUUCUAA